UCCUUUUGCUGAUUUUGCCUCACAGAAUUGAGAGUUUGUUCUUACACACAAGUUUAAUGCCACCUUCCUCUGUCUGCCAUGGACCAACAAGCGAUAUAUGCUGAGUUAAACUUACCCACAGACUCAGGCCCAGAAAGUUCUUCACCUUCAUCUCUUCCUCGGGAUGUCUGUCAGGGUUCACCUUGGCAUCAAUUUGCCCUGAAACUUAGCUGUGCUGGGAUUAUUCUCCUUGUCUUGGUUGUUACUGGGUUGAGUGUUUCAGUGACAUCCUUAAUACAGAAAUCAUCAAUAGAAAAAUGCAGUGUGGACAUUCAACAGAGCAGGAAUAAAACAACAGAGAGACCAGGUCUCUUAAACUGCCCAAUAUAUUGGCAGCAACUCCGAGAGAAAUGCUUGUUAUUUUCUCACACUGUCAACCCUUGGAAUAACAGUCUAGCUGAUUGUUCCACCAAAGAAUCCAGCCUGCUGCUUAUUCGAGAUAAGGAUGAAUUGACACACACACAGAACCUGAUACGUGACAAAGCAAUUCUGUUUUGGAUUGGAUUAAAUUUUUCAUUAUCAGAAAAGAACUGGAAGUGGAUAAACGGCUCUUUUUUAAAUUCUAAUGACUUAGAAAUUAGAGGUGAUGCUAAAGAAAACAGCUGUAUUUCCAUCUCACAGACAUCUGUGUAUUCUGAGCACUGUAGUACAGAAAUCAGAUGGAUCUGCCAAAAAGAACUAACAACUGUGAGAAAUAAAGUGUAUCCUGACUCUUGACUAUGAA